AUGGUGCCGCCCAUGAAUGUCUCCCCGCUCAUCAAGGCAGAACGGUAUUUGGCCCUGCUCUUGGGAACAGUCUAGGGUUCAAAGCAUUAUGCUUAUGUAAAGGCUCGGGCAGAAAAAGAAUGGAAGCCAGCAGCAGACAAAAAAGAGGAGGAAGAAAUGAAGAAGGCUCAGCAGAACUUGGAAAAAGCCUGA